AUGGUGGCCUUGCUUGAGACUAGAGUUAGUGGUAGACAGACGGGUGAUAUUAUCUGUAAAUUGGGGUUUGAGAACUCUUUUAACAUUGAAACUCGUUGUUUUAGUGGUGGUAUUUGGCUACUUUGGAGAACGUCGUCGACGGUUGAGGCGUCCUUAUCGAUUUUUGCUCGAUCUUCAAAAGAACUUGAGAAUGGAGUUAGAUCUGAUCCUGGAACAGGAGGAGUUGUGGAGUACCUUGAUUGGGAACUUGGUUUGCUCUUUCAUGUGGCGUGUGAUGAGGAGAUAAAAGCGGGUUUGUUUGAGAUGGCUCCGGACAAGGCACCUGGGUUCCUCCGGAUAUUACUGUAUAUUCUUGUUCUUAUUCCGAAAGUCGCGACUCUUGAAAAUUUUACCCAAUUUCGUCCAAUUAGCUUGUGUACAGUGCUUUUUAAAGUCAUCUCGAAAGUAAUUGUUAAUCGUCUCAAGCCUUUUCUUCCGAAGUGGGUUAUGGAGAACCAAACUAGUUUUGUUCUGGGGAGGAAUAUUUCCAUCAAUAUAAUAAUCACUCAGGAUGUGAUUCAUUCGAUGAAGAGGAAGCAGGGAUGUUCCGAAUGGAUGGUGAUUAAGCUAGACCUAGAGAAGGCGUAUGACCGCCUUGAAUGGGCGUUCAUCGAAGACACUCUUUCUGACUUGAAGAUUCCUGCCGGGCUUGGGGAUUUAAUUAUGAGCUGUGUGACCACUAUUUCUACUCAUGUUUUAUGGAAUGGGAAGAUGAUGAAGGAUUUUAAACCUUCACGGGGAAUUCGAUAG